AUGGUGAUGGCAGUGCCGGCGAGCGUGGGCGGCGAGCGUGUGGUUUUGGGCGGAAAGACGUGGCACAAGCCGUGCUACGACCAGGCGCACCCGACCAAGGGUCCGUCGGCGGGUCUCGCGGCGCAGACGAGCAAGUGCCCGGGCUGCCAGGGCCACAUGGUGGUGGGCCAGGACACGGCGACCAAGACCAUCGCACGCGGCCAGGAGUGGCACAAGGACUGCUACGAGAAGGCCUUCCCGGCCAAGGGUCCGUCGGCGGGCCUCGCGGCGCAGACGAGCAAGUGCCCCGGCUGCCAGGGUGAGAUGGUGGUGGGCCAGGACACGGCGACCAAGACCAUUGCGCGCGGCCAGGAGUGGCACAAGGAGUGCUACGAAAUCGCGCACCCGACCAAGGGUCCGUCGGCGGGCCUCGGCGCGCAGACGAGCAAGUGCCCGGGCUGCCAGGGCCACAUGGUGGCGUAUCCCUCGAAGGGUCCGUCGGCGGGCCUCGGCGCGCAGACGAGCAAGUGCCCGGGCUGCCAGGGCCACAUGGUGGCGUAUCCCUCGAAGGGUCCGUCGGCGGGUCUCGCGGCGCAGGACUCGGGCACCAAGACCAUCGCGCGCGGCCAGGAGUGGCACAAGGAGUGCUACGACAAGGCCUUCCCGGCCAAGGGUCCGUCGGCGGGCCUCGCGGCGCAGACGAGCAAGUGCCCCGGCUGCCAGGGUGAGAUGGUGGUGGGCCAGGACACCGCGACCAAGACCAUCGCGCGCGGCCAGGAGUGGCACAAGGACUGCUACGAGAUCGCGCACCCGACCAAGGGUCCGUCGGCGGGCCUCGGCGCGCAGACGAGCAAGUGCCCCGGCUGCCAGGGACACAUGGUGGUGGGCCAGGACACGGCGACCAAGACCAUUGCGCGCGGCCAGGAGUGGCACAAGGAGUGCUACGAGAUCGCGCACCCGACCAAGGGUCCGUCGGCGGGUCUCGGCGCGCAGACGAGCAAGUGCCCGGGCUGCCAGGGCCACAUGGUGGUGUGCCAUUGCCCCGGCUGCGGUGUGGGCAUGGUGGUGGGCCAGGACACCGCGACCAAGACCAUCGCGCGCGGCCAGGAGUGGCACAAGGAGUGCUACGAGAAGGCCAACCCGACCAAGGGUCCGUCGGCGGGUCUCGCGGCGCAGACGAGCAAGUGCCCGGGCUGCCAGGGCCACAUGGUGGUGGGCCAAGACACGGCGAUGAAGACCAUCGCGCGCGGCCAGGAGUGGCACAAGGAAUGCUACGAGAAGGCCAACCCCACCCGGGUGCAGCUGGUGGCGGGCGUGGACCAGGGCCUCAAGACCAUCGUCAAGGGCCAGGACUGGCACACCGAGUGCUACCGCAAGUCCCAGGCCAGCUGCGGCUCGUGCGGUGAGGAGCUCAAGCCCGGCCAGGGCUUCUGCGGCGGCUGCGGCACGCGAGUGGCCGUGUAG